AUGGGGCGGCAGGAGCCUUCCCCCCGGGGCGGAGCCGGAGCCGAGACAGCCAACUCCAGCAUCCUGCAGUAUAGCCUGGAGUCCCUGACAUGAAAGACCUCUUACACUGUUCAGGUCAUGGCCAGCACCAGUGCUGGGGGAACUAGUGGCACCAGGAUAAACUUCAAGACAUUGUCAAUUAGCGUCUUUGAGAUUUUCGUUAUAACUUCUCUGGUUGGAGGUGGCCUUCUUAUUCUCAUCAUCCUGAUGGUGGCAUAUGAUCUCAAAAAACCCAACAAAUUAAAGCACCUAUGUUGGCCCAAUGUCCCCAACCCUGCUGAAAGCAGUAUAGCCACAUGGUGUGGAGAUGAUUUAAAGGAUAAGCUAAAUCUGAAGGAGUUUGAUGACUCUGUGAACACAGAAGAAGACGGGAUUCUAAAACCAUGUUCUGCCCCCAGUGACCUUAUUGACAUUGUGGUAAAUUUUGAGAAUUUUCUGGAAGUGGUUUCCACAGAGGAAGCUGAAAAGGGUCAGGAAAAUAUCUUGGGAGGGGAAAAGAAUGAGUACAUGACCUCCCCAUAUGGGACUUAUUGUCCCGCAGUUUCAGUCGAGAUUCCACCGAGAGAAUCGCAACACCUACGUUCUGGAACGCCAGAGGGGAUUCUGUCAGAAGCCAAAGAGCAUCCUCUCCCUCCUACCCAAGGUUUAGGGCCAGACCAUCUCUGUGGGGAAGGAGCACCAAACCCAUACUUGAAAAAUUCAGUGACAACCAGAGAAUUUCUCAUGUCUGAAAAACUUCUAGACCAAACCCAAAGAGAAGUCUAA